AUGGGUGGCUCAGCAUUCUCCGCAGUAGUCAAUCCAUUAUUCACUCCCCGAAUGCCGAAAGAAGUCUAUGUGGCCAUCAAAAGCCAAUGCGAAGGGAUUCUCCGCACUCUGUACUCGUGCGUGGAGUCCCCUCUCGAGGGCCCAGGUAAAACAGACUUUGGGGAUAUCGACUUUCUGCUCGCCUCGCCGAAACCAGAGGCUUCCAGAGGCGCAUAUGCCAUUCAGACCAUAUCAAAAGCCCUCGGAGCAGAGAGAUCAAUCACUGCGGGAGGCAACGAGCCUGCGGGCAGUCUGGCCAUCCCUUGGCUGGCGGAUGAACAAGAUGCCAACAAAGAGUCCGAGAAAAAGUACAUCCAGAUCGACGUCCGAGUAUGCGACACAGAGCACAGGCUACGCUGGAUGCUUUUCAAGCACGGCCACGGAGACUUGUGGAAUCUCUUGGGAUCAACAAUCAGAGGGUACGGCUUGACAGUUGACGACAGCGCCAUGUGGCUCAGAAUCUCCGAGAUUGAAGAGUCCGAUCGGAAGCGAGCCAGAAUCUUCCUCUCGUCCGACCCGGCCAAAGUCAUGGAGUUUCUUGACAUGCCCAUGGACGGAUACUGGGACAAGCCUUUCCCUCGCGCCGAAGACAUGUUUGAAUACGCUGCUCGUUGUCGACUGAUGUGGGUAUCCCCCGUUGCGCAAGAGCCCGAUGCAAAGAAGCUCAAAGCAAACGACCGCCGGCGCAUGAAUUACCGGCCAGUUUUCAGGAAAUGGGUCGACGAGUUCCUUCCAGAGUGCCGUCGACUUGGGAAAUUCGCCGAGCGCAAAUGUACCAGGGAGCAAGUCACGGAGGAGGCCUUUUCUGCAUUUGGCGUCGAAAAGGAGUUUACCGCUCGACGCAGGGAGUUUCUUGCCGAGCGACAAAGGGAUUUCAUCUGGAAUACGUCCAUAAAGGGUAGUGUCCCAGAGCCGAAAUCCACUGAUCAACGAGACAUUCUUUAUAGGUCGUGCCUUGUCAAGGCCUUGAAGAAGAUUAUUCUUGAAGAUGAUGCGAGUUACGGGAUUGUGCCGGAGAAGAGCCUCAAGAACGCUGACGGCGAAUACAACUUGGAGGACGUUCAGGCCUUUAUCGAAAAGCAUCAAGAAGAUGUUGGAGAGGCAGCCAUGGCUCGUCAUAACUCCCGCUACCUGGAAACCAAGGAAAAAAAGAAGAGCAAAGCAAGAAAGCCAUCGUCCUAG